AUGGAAAACUUGGCUAGCCACUGUGUUUCUGCGACGAUGACGCCGCAUCAAAACGGCGACUUGCACGAUGAAUGCCCUAACCGCAGCACCGAUGCAAUACUCGACGGAUAUCUUCCUCGAUCUGCCCUGUCUAAAAUUCGACCGCAUCUCCCCAUGAGAGGAGAGAUCGCUCUUCACGUCCCGUCAGCUGCCCCCAAUCCCCCAUCUCAUGCUUCCGAGCAGCACAUGACUUCAACUGCCACAAAAGCUGAACAGGUGCUUACGCUGAAGGGGUCCAAGGUCUUCACCCCCAUGAGGGCACUUCAGAACUUGGAGAAGGUAGCGCAGAAAAGCGUUGCUGGGCUGGGUUGGUCGCACCAGAGUCUAUCUCACAAGUUCUCGAACAACUACCGUGGGCAGCAUACGGACAAGAAUGCCGGACGUGAAGACCUACCUGACGAGCUCAACUGCUCCCUCUGGCUGACGAAUCUCCCGGCGGACCUCAGCUAUCCCGAGCUCAUCACGGCGAUUGGCGCCCGCGGCCGUGUGUACGGUACCUUUAUCAAUUACCCCGACAACAAGCAAUUCCGUACAGCGGCCGCCAAGGUCGUAUUCUUCACGCAUGAACCCGCGCAGCGACUCAAGGCCGAAUCAUGGUCUCGUGGGUUCUAUAUCCGCGACCACCGCGUACGCAUCUCUUACAACCGCAUCAAGAGCGCCACGCAGCCGACCUCACGGCAGAAGAACUCGCGCGUGCUGCUUAUUACUGGCCGUGUCGAUUUCGUCAACAUUGAAAGCAUCCGUGCCUGGCUCAACGAGCGAAUCAUUUGGCAAGAAGAUAGGGCCAUUGAGCUCAUCAGGGCCAAAGACCGCGCAGUCGUCGAGUGGCGAUUCUGCAGCUACCGCAACCAGGCCGAAAUGGCCAAACUAGCACUCGAGAAGGAGCGUCCAACAGGAUUUGAGAUGGUCGAGUUCGGCGAGGAUCCGUGCGAAAAGGGCGAUACAAUGGCCUCAUACGGUGUUGCUGCCGAGAGGAUCAUGGGCGCAGCAUCAUAUUAG